AUGCUCUUCCAUAUCUACUUCUACUGCAAGGCAUUGUUCGCGCCCGCCUUGUUUCUCCGUCUUUUUCGGAUGUCCAGACCAUUGUUCAACCGGAUAAUGGAUGAUGUCAAGGUCUACAACGACUAUUUCAUCGCCAAACUGGAUGCAAUUGGCAAGGUAGGCCUCUCUUCGUAUCAAAAAUUCAUGGCAGCGAUUAGGAUGCUCACAUAUGGUGUUGCCGGUGAUUACGUAGAUGAGUACAUCCGAAUGAGCGAGUCCAGCUGCUUGGAAGCGAUGUACAGGUUCUGCAGAGCAAUGAUCGCUGUGUUCGGUGAACAAUAUCUGCGCCAACCUAAUGCAGAGAACAUUGCCCAUCAGUUGUCAAUCAACGCUUCCAGGGGGUUUCCUGGAUGCUUGGCAGCAUAG